UGAAAAUCAUCAAUGUCAAGACACUUGUAUAAUAUAAUUUAAGCAAGUAAUUCUUAACAGCCUUAUUCGUAAUUAACAAUUAAAAAUAUUAGAAUACAUCAACCUUCUUAUCGUCAAAAUUAUAAUUAAUGUAGAGGAUAAACAUAAGAAAAAAAAGCAUCAGAAUAGCCAGUUAAAUAAAUGAGUCAGCCUUAAUCUAAUUUAACAGAAACAAAACCAAAUCCAUUAAUAAAAAUUCCAGAAAAAUCAUAGAUAACCUAACCAAAUAAUUUUGGAAAGAAAAAAAAUAAUAAUUAGUUAUAGAAAGUUGUUACAAGAAUGGAUAAAAAUAGCGAUGAUAUUGGUAUUCAUGGUAUUAAUAAUAAAAUUUAAAAUCAUUAAAAUACAAUAUAAAAAAUCUAAUCAAAUAGAUAUUAUAUUGAUGAUUUAAUUACAGCAUUUUAGGAUGAAACAGUUAGUUUUUCUAAGUUAUUUAGAGAUAAUUUUGUUAAUUCUUAUAAUUUUAUACCAACAAUAAAAUAGGUGUAAUUUUUUUAAGCUGAAGACAAAUAAAUAUAAGAAAAAAAAAUAAAAUUAGAACCCUAUCCUCAAAAUUUGAAAUGUAAAUAAAGUUAUAAUUUAUAUAUAUAGUUAAGAAGACAGUAAUUUUUGAUUUAGAUGAAACAUUAGUACAUUGUAAUGAAGAAGAGAGUAUGUGUUCAUAAAUAGUAUUACCUAUAACAUUUCCAAACGGAGAGAAAGUUAAUGCUGGAAUCAAUAUUAGACCUUUUGCUGAAAAGAUGAUAAAAUUAUUAAGUGAUGUAUGUGAAGUCAUGAUUUUUACAGCUUCUCAUGAAUGUUAUGCUAAUGAAGUAUCAUAUUAUAUAAUUUAAAGGUUAUCAAUCAUUUAGAUCCAUAAUAAAGAGUUAAAAGGAGGAUUUUUAGAGAUAGUUGUGUUACUGAUGAAAAUUCUACUUAUUAUAUUAAAAAUUUAGAAGUUAUUGAUAGAGAUUUAAAAGAUAUAGUGAUAGUUGAUAAUGCAUCAUAUAGUUUUGUGUAAUAAAAUUGAUUUAUUUUAGUCAUCAAUUAGAAAAUGGUAUACCUAUUAUCUCCUUUUAUGAUGAUAAAUAAGAUAAUCAAUUAAUUAAAUUAUAUAGGUUUUUAAUUCAUAAAGUUUUACCUUUAGAUGAUGUUCGAAUUUUAUUAAAGGAAUAUUUUAAAUUAGAUUAAAUUGAUUAAUUUUAAACAAUUGUUGAAGCAGUUGAAAAAAUGUAUUGUAUUGAAUGA